GAGUUUCUACAAUAACUGACAGUUUUUUGUCAAUAAGUCAGCAAAUUUAUUACCAUAUACCAGUGAAUACAAUGAAUCACACUGUUACACGAAACAGACAAGACACAGGAAAAUGUAUAGAAAUUUCGGGCUCCUGCAAGGCUGCAACACGUUGAGAACAUAACAUUCAUUCUCUUUUUAUAUGGCAAUCAGGUUCGUGCUCACUCAUACACACCAUUCAUAUUCCACACUUAUCAUUCCAAGCCUUCUUUUCUCAUGGCUUUCCUACCAUCAUCAUCCUCCUCUUCCAUCACCUAUGCAUUCACCUACGAUGUGUUCAUCAGCUUCAAGGGUUCUGAUACCCGCUAUGACUUUACCGGCAAUCUCUACAAAGCUCUCUAUGGUAAGGGAAUUCACACUUUUAUUGAUGACAAGGAGCUUCACAAAGGGGACGAAAUCACACCAUCACUUGAGAAGGCCAUUCAAAACUCCAGGAUUUUCAUUGUUGUCCUCUCUAAGGACUAUGCGUGCUCCUCAUUUUGCUUAGAUGAACUUUCCAAGAUUCUUGACUGCUCUCAGGAAGAGGGUCGUCUUGUUUGGCCAGUUUUUUAUGGUGUGGAUCCUUCUGAUGUGCGAAAGCAAAUUGGGACGUUCGGAGAAGCAAUGGCCCUGCAUACAGAGAGGUUCAAAGAUAACAAGGACAAGUUGCAAAAAUGGAGGAUAGCUCUACAACAAGUAGCUGAUUUGUCAGGCUGGCAUUUCAAACAUGGAGAUGGAUAUGAACACGAGUUUAUCGGAAAGAUCAUUAAUGAAGUUUCAAGAAAGAUGAAUCGUGUUGCUUUACCUAUUGCUGAUUACCCGAUUGGACUAGAGUCACAAGUGCGACAAGUAGUUUCGCUUUUGGAUGUUGGGUCUAUUAAUAGAGUUCACAUGGUAGGGAUCCAUGGAAUAGGGGGAAUUGGUAAAACGACACUUGCUCUAGCAGUUUACAAUUCCAUUGCUGACCAUUUUGAAGGUUUAUGUUUUUUGGAGAAUGUUAGAGAAAAUUCAAACAAACAUGGGUUACUACAUCUCCAAAAGACCCUUCUUUUGGCUUUCCUUGGAGAGAAGGAAAUUGAGAUAACAAGUGUCAAGCAUGGAAGUUCAAUAAUACAACAUCGGCUCCAACAAAAAAAGGUUCUUCUGAUUCUAGAUGAUGUUGACAAGAAGGAGCAAUUAAAUGAUAUUAUUGGAAGACCUAAUUGGGUUGGUCCUGGUAGUAGAGUCAUCAUCACGACUCGAAACCAACAAUUGCUAGCAUGCCAUGGGGUUGAAAGAACAUUCAAAGUGAAAGAGUUGAAGAAGGAACAUGCUACCGAAUUGUUCAAGUGGAAAGCUUUUAAAAACCAGGAAGUUAAUUCAAGUUAUGAGGACUUACUGAACCAAGCAUUGAGUUACACUUCCGGCCUUCCAUUAGCUUUGGAAGUAAUAAGUUCUAACUUGUUUGGUAAAACAAGGGAAGAAUGGGAAUCGACAUUAGAACAAUAUAGAAGGAUUCCACCUAGAGACAUCCAAAAGAUACUUGAAGUGAGCUUUGAUUCUUUGGAGGAAGAAGAGAAGAAUGUUUUCCUAGACAUUGCUUGUUGCUUCAAAGGAUAUGAAUUGGGAGUGGUCAAGGACUUACUUUGUGCUCAUUAUGGUUUCUGCAUAGCAAAUCACAUUAAGGUGUUGGUUCAAAAGUCUCUCAUAACGAUUACUCCGUAUUUGAGUGAAUUGACACUACAUGACUUAAUUGAGGAUAUGGGUAAAGAAAUCGUGCGACAAGAAUCACCUAAAGAUCCUGGAAACCGUAGUAGGUUAUGGUUUCAUGAAGACAUAUUUCAAGUUUUGGAACAAAAUACGGGAACAAGCAAAAUUGAAAUGAUGCAUCUAGAUUACCCGUCAUUUGAAGAAGUGGAUUGGGAUGGAGAGGCUUUCAAAGAGAUGAAAAAACUGAAAACACUUGUCAUUAGAAAAACUCAUUUUUCUAAAGGUCCAGAGCAUCUUCCAAAUAGUUUAAGAGUACUAGAGUGGUGGAAAUACCCUUCACAACAUUUACCAAGUGAUUUCCGUCCAAAGAAACUUUCCAUAUGCAAAUUACCCGAGAGUAGGUUUAUGUCAUUGGAGUUGCUAAGUUCAUCAAAGAAGUUCGUGAGUAUGAAAGUCUUAAAUCUCAAUCGGUGUGGAUCAUUAACACAUAUACCUGACGUAUCUGGUCUCCCAAAUUUAGAAGAGCUUUCAUUUAAAGAUUGUUCAAAAUUAAUUACGGUUGACUGUUCGGUUGGGUUGUUGGCCAAACUUAAAAGCUUGAAUGCUCGUCAUUGCUCCCAGCUUAGGAGUUUUCCUCCCCUCAAGCUGCCCUCUCUUGAAGAACUCGGGCUUGAAGGUUGUUCAAGUCUUGAGAGUUUUCCAGAAAUAUUAGAAGAGAUGGAAAAUAUAGAGGAGCUUGAUUUGAGUGGCACUAAAAUAAGUAAAUAUCCAUAUUCAUUUGGAAAUCUGACUCGACUUCGAUUAAUGUGGGUUUAUCAUUGGCUGCCAUCAAGGAGCUUAGACACGAUGCCACGACUAUUAGGCCUCAUAAUCAAUCAGUGGCCGAUAUGGGAAGAGGAUAGCGAGAGUGAGACUUACUAUGUAUUGCGAAACUUACAGAUUCCAGAGAGGUUUGAGCACCAGAACAGGGGUCGAUCUCCGUCACUUUCUUUCUGGUUUCGUAACGACUUCCCUGACAUCUUACUAUGUAUUGCUUCUCCACCUGAGCCAAAUAUGCCUGACAAUGAUUAUUUAUUCAGAGUAAAUUUCUUCAUCAAUGGCUCUUCAUGUCAACAAUUCAUAGUAAAUUGGGGUUGUACUCUUCUUAAGAGGCUAAGAAAAUACUACUUUUUUAAAGAUAUGAGGCUAAGCCAAACAAACUAUUCAUGGAAAUAUAAAUUUAUAGAAAAUGUGUGGAAUCAUGUGGAGUUUAGGACUGAAAGGGGCUUAGACUGUGGAAUUGGAAUCCAUGUAUUGAAAGAGCAAAACAUGCAGGAUAUCCGAUUCACGAAUCCUGAUAAAAGGAGAAAAAUAGACUUGAAUUUGGCACCGCUUGAAGAGGAUGAUGUUAAUACUGAGUUGACUCACUAAAGCACAAUCCUGGAUCAUUGCUCUUGGGCCUAUAUAUUCUGAUGUGAAUAAAAGAGAAUGAGAUCAACUCUGAGAUCAGAUGUUGAACAUGACUCGUUUAUAUUAUGUUCACAUGAGAUCUGAUGUUGAAGUAAGUAGAUCAAUAGUUUUACAUAAACUUGACUUCACUUCAUGGAAAAAUCUAAUUCUGGAGCUUGUGCAACCAUAUUUUGUAAUUAAUUACAAGGUAGAACUGAUGCAGAAGCUCUUGAAUGGUAUGAGAAGACUGCAGAACCAGAGGCCAAAGGGCAUGACAAGGCAAGGGCUUCAUCCAUCCAACAAGACAUGGAUACAUUGGAAGAUUUAUAAAUUAUACUUGUACUUCUUACCUUCAUGUCAUAAUGAUUGGAGCCUUCCCCACAAUGUAUAAAAGACAUAUAGAAGGUAUGCUUAUAAUUGCUGCAAGGGAAGAGAUAUCAGAGUUAGGAGCAAUACUUGGCAUUGUGAUUCAGAGAAUGUGAAUCAUUGAGUUUCUCAUGUAGAAGCAUGUUGCUGAAGCAGGAAGUGCAUGAGGGGUAAAGACCUACUUUGAAUUGCCAUGCCUAUAAACAGGAAGGAUUCCAAAGUGGUUUGAGCACGAGAGAAGGGGUUCACUUUCUUUCUGGUUUUCCAUCGUACACUGAUUUUAACUCUGAAUGAUUUGGAGACGGAGGCUGUAAACUGGAUCUUGGGACUGUGGCUGGGUAGCAGUCAUCAUUGCUGCUGUUUAUCAUCCAGGUUUAUUGUAAAGAAAAUUUUCAAGCAAUUAAACCUAUCCUUUUGGUAUGUUUCUUUCCCAUUUUCCAGUACCUUUUAAAACUGUUAUGUAUUCAUGAAUCACUGGUACAUAUUAAGGCUGUGCAUUUUUUAUGACAACUGCAGACUGCUACACUGCUGUGCUACCACACAUCUUGAACUUUUUCCUAGUUUAAUGAUUUUCAUUCUUAGCAUAUACUUAUGAACCAUUUUUUACUAUGUCCACUAAGAGAAGCCAUGAUUGGAUUACCCCUGACUUAAAACAUUCUAUUCUAUGUAAAAGGUCGCACAUUCUUGAAGGAUUUAGGCCUUCCACUUCUUACUGCAUACACCAAAGAUUGUCCCUUCUUGAGGGACCCUAUUCAGAUUUAAUAAAAACCAACAUGGAUUAACAUCUCCAAUGACAUAGAAGUGGUUUUAUUAUAAAAAGAUGAUCGGUGCAUUGAAAUGUCUUGCGACUAUAACUGACUCUUUACUGGUUCUUGGAUCUAUUUGAAGUGGCACCAACAUUUAGCAUCUAUUACCACAGAAUCUCGGAAAGGCUGCUUGUUUGGUGUGGUCUGAACUUUGAAUUGAAAGUUGAAGAGAAGAAAAACAAAUUUUCUUGAAAGAGUGUAUAAGAACACCUGAUGCAGAAGCUACAACUUGAAUGCUAAGAUUUAUGACACCAAAGCUAGCUGAACCAGAGGCCAAAGGGCAUGAUGACAAGGGAAGAAAUUCAUGAAGGAUCCAACUUCCAAGUUCAAAGUGAAAAUGUUCAUUUUUAGAGAGGUUGGGGGCUGAGCACCAACCUGGUCUGCUAAGCAUUCAAAUGUGCUGAGAAAACCUUGUUUUGAAGUAAGCGGAGCGCAGAAUGCCCAGAGGCAAUGAAGAAGCCUUCACAUUGAAGAAAGAGGGGCGCUAAGCGGCCACUGAGGGACAUUGAGCGUCGUUCAGCCGCCUCAAACACUUAUUUAAGAAGAAGAAAAAAUCAGAUUUUUUAAGGAUCUUCCCCCAUUUUCUCCCCAAAACAGAGAGAGGGAUCUGAGCAUCACUCAAGGAGGAUCCCUUGGCUAGGUUUGAUGGAUUGGGGCUUCAAGAUAUUGAUGGCUGCCAUGGGAGGACAGUGACAACCUCCCUGAAGUGAUGGAAAGCUUGGGAGAGCUUUCAUGGCCAUGGUUCAGUCUUCUCAUCUUCGAUUUCAGUUCUUUCUUCUCUUUCCCUUGUAUAUGUUGCUUUCUAUUUUCUAGUUUCUCUUUACAAUUCAUGCUUCUAACCAAUCAAUUGAUAAUCAAAAGAGUUUCACAAAUAGAUUGAGAGAUUGAUAUGAAUUAGUGUAUUGAUUAAUGUCUUA